AUGGCCUUGAGCAACAACGUUAUAGGAGCCAUAAACUUCGUAGCCAUGCUCCUCUCCAUCCCCGUCAUCGGCUCCGGCAUAUGGCUCACGACUUUGCCGGACAACUCAUGCGUCCAAAUCCUCCAAUGGCCCGUCAUAAUCCUCGGCGUCCUCAUCCUAGCUGUCGCCAUAGCCGGCUUUGUUGGCGGCUUCUGGCGGAUCCCGUGCCUCCUAAUAUUCUACCUCGUCGCCAUGCUGGCACUCAUCGUGCUCCUCGCCAGCCUGGCAGUGUUUAUCUACAUGGUGACGUCACGAGGGUCGGGCCACGCGGUGCCAAGCCGAGCCUACCUGGAGUACAACCUGGACGGCUACUCGGGAUGGCUCCAGAGGAGGGUCCGGAGCUCGUACAAGUGGGAUAGGAUACGAGCCUGUUUGAGCUCCUCCACCAUGUGCGCCGAGCUUAACCAGAGCUACCGCAUGGCUCAGGAUUUAUUCAAUGCCCAUAUUACCCCUCUCCAGUCGGGAUGCUGCAAACCACCCACAGAGUGCGGGUACACGUUCGUGAACCCGACCUACUGGAUAAGCCCCAUAAACAACGCGGCCGACAUGGACUGUGCGCAAUGGAGCAACGAACAAACACAACUUUGCUACUCGUGCGACUCGUGCAAAGCCGGCUUACUUGCAAACCUCAAGAAAGAGUGGCGGAAGGCCGAUGUUGUGUUGAUCAUAACGUUAGUCGCCUUGAUUUGCGUCUACUCUGUCGGGUGCUGCGCGUUUAGGAAUGCAAAAACAGAGGAGCUCUUUAGAAAAUACAAGCAGGGUGACCCCUACAACUGA